AAAUGGCAACAACAAGUUAUUUUAGUAUUAGUUUCACAGAGUCGGAAAAGGGCAUCAUACGAAAAAUUCUUUAACUUCCAAUCAAAUAAUAUAGAUAUUUAGAAAAUGAAGUAGAUGCUCUGAUAGAUAUAUGGAGAAUGUGUGAAAUACAUCAGCUUCCUUAUCAAUUUUACGACAAUUAAAAAUUCUAUUGUCCAGAAUGCUUGACUUAGAAAAAGCCGACCAUAUAUCAUUAUAUUAGAAGCCUUAACUUUGACCCUAUUGAAGAAAGCGAGAAAGAAUCGAUUAAAAGUUUGGAAAAUGAAUUGUCCAAAUACUAGUAAUAAAAUGUAAGGAAUUAUAUUUAUUUGUGAGAUACCUGAUAUUAAUUUUGAAGAGAGAUAGAAUAGGAUGAUGUCACAAUAAAAUAAUCGACCAAAUAAUACCAAUGCUCAAGUCUAGUAGAUUGAUAGAGAAAAUUAAGAGUUAAUGGAAUUGUUAAAAAAGAGAACUAAAUAUUUGGAAGUCUAAAAAUUUAUAUCUCAUAUUUCCAUAGAAUAAAGAAAUAGAAAAAUACACGAUGAAAUGCAUAAUGUUGAUCCUUAAAUGAGACCUAGUUAUGAUUUCAGAAAUUAAAUCCAAAAUCAUGACAACAGUCAGUUUGAAUCCAUCCUUAAGGAAUAUUUUAGAGGAUAAAUAUGAUU